GUAAUGUUUUAGUUGAGCAGGUGGUUUUGUGCCAAACGGUUGUCUCUAACUCUAAUCGUGGAUUCUUUGACUAAACAUUGUUAGUGUCUUCGUAAAGAGAAUAGGUUUUUAGCAGUAUUAGAAUUAGCAGGAGUACUUAGCAAUAUUACUUUAAAUUUAUAAGUGAACCAAGUAAUUUUAAGUACAUGGAGGGAUUUUCAGUAGACUUUAGAAAGACAUUUGAUCUAAAUGGAACUAAUAAUGAUGAAACAUUACGUUUAUAUCUGCGUAAAGCCGGCUUAUCCGAUCAGAUUGAAUAUUUGACACCGGAACAGCGAAGAGCUUUUAUUUAUGACAUCAUUAAAAGCAAUAAAAUGCCUGGAUAUUGGGUCCCAUCCACAAUGAACACCUCAUCAUUUGCAGUAAAUGCACCUGCGGCUCCACCACCACCUCCUCCAAGUCAAAUCACAGCACCUUCUCCAACUUUGUCACAAAAAUUCAAUACACCGGGCACACCCACAAUACAUUACGCUACAAUUAGCACUUCAUCGUCAUCGAAUAGUUUAGAGAGUGCAGCACAAGAAAGUCCAAUAUUACCAAAUAGAUUUUCAAGAAAACCAACACCACAAACGCCAUCUCCAGAAAAUCCAGUGCUAACAAAUCGUUUUUCUAAAGCACCAAUCACGCCUCCAUCACCAACAACAUUUGUUACUAAUUCUAGAAAUAAUAAGUAUGAAAUUAGUUCACCUAUAAAUUUUAGGCAUGUCAGUGGAGAUAUGACAAGGGAUAUGACUAGAAAUGCUUUCGAUUUAUCAAAAACUUCUAACGACAAUGUACUCAAAAAAUAUAUGAUAGAAAGAGGCAUAACAGAGGAAGAUCUGAUGGGUAUGCGAAAACCAGAUAUAAUUAGAAAUAUUGUGCAGUCCAAAUAUACUUGGAUGCCACCAAAUAAAAAAGAACUCAAUUAUAUAUUUGAGCCAGUACCUCAGACAGAAGUUUCAACGACCAGCUUUAUCGAAGAAGCUGUUGACGUUGAGGAAACGAUAACAAUAUCUGCUCCAAAGCUAUCUGAACCAGUAAUGCAGGGUAAUUACUCCAACUUUGACCAUAUUGCUACAAAAUUCAUGGACCCUUCAGAAUUCCCAUCUCCGGAUACUAUAUUUGGAAAUAAUUCCGAAACUGAAGAUGUAAUAAUGUUUAAGAAGGAUAAAACUGUAACAGCAACACCACCACCACCUUCUAGUAUCACUGCUACACCACAUUCAAAUGAAAUAUAUCAUACGAUAAAAGAGCCUCCAAAACAACAGGUUAUUGAAACUAUUAAAUUCACACCAGCAACCAUUGAUCCCAUAUAUGCAACAGUACGACAUCAACAGACAUUAUCCAAACCACCACCGCCACCUCCUCCACCAAAACCAUUAUCCACAAAAUUCAGUGACGAUACAUUUAUAUCAUCCGCAACAAAUGCCAACCCAAAUCAUACCGACAACCAUUCAAGAGAUGCAUUACUGGAAAGUAUACGUUUGGGUGUUACUUUAAACAAAUCAUCUCCAAAGGAGCGUAAUACUAUUAAAACAAAUACGUUCACACCGCCAGUUAAUGUCCAGAACAAAUCCACAGUGUCUUCUAACAAACCAAUAGCAGCCAUUCAAAAACAAUCUGAUCCAAUUAAAAGAUAUUCAGCUGCCCCAAUACCGCCACCACCAAAGCCGCAACAAAUUAAUGGUACAGGUGCACCACCACCGCCACCUCCGCCAGCUAGUGUGCCACCACCACCACCCCCUCCAGCGUUAUCAUUACCACAAACAAAUUUAGCCGCUACCAGUAAGAGUACUACGACUACGGCAGUAAAUGAUGGUGAUUCACGCGAUGCUUUCUUGGAAAGCAUUCGUAAAGGCGUAACACUUAAGAAAGUAAAUCAAAAGGCUGCUACAGUCAGUGCAGCGGCUACUAGGCCAACUGAGAAAAAACCACCAGUAACAGAUUUUCUAUCUGAACUUAAAAUGGGCAUUACACUACGCCGAAAUAAGAACCUCAAUAAUGAUCCACAUGCUACAGAUGAGCCUGAUGAAUCGAAUGCAUGAGAUUAUUGAGCAAAUGUUAGGUAGAUGCAACUUACGUUCAUAUCAUUGUAUAUAGAUAUUGUAUAUAAAAAAUUGUACAUAACUAUACAUUUAUUUAUAUUGGACUUAAUAGCUACCCAGUAAAUGAAAUCAAUACGAAGAAUUCAAAAUA